GCCUGUUACAUCCAUUCAUCCAUCGAGCAGCCACUUCACACCAGCAAGUGGCAGUAGUUCGAUCCAGAGGUUCAGGCAUGGCGGCUCCGAGAGCACUCGCCCUCUGCGUCCUGCUGGCCAUCGCCGUCGCCAAUGCGAAGGCGGCGUCCGUGGUCGUCGGCCUGGCCAAAUGCGCUGACUGCACCAGGAAGAACAUGAAGGCUGAGGAAGCCUUCAAGGCUCUGCAGGUGGCGAUCAAGUGCAAGAACAGCACCGGCGAGUACGAGAGCAAGGCCGUGGGCGCCCUCGACGGCACCGGCGCCUUCAGCGUGCCCCUCGCUUCUGACCUCCAUGGCGCCGACUGCGUCGCUCAGCUCCACAGCGCCGCCUCCAACGUGCCGUGCCCCAGCCAGGAGCCGUCCACGAUCGUGCCGGUGUCUGACGGCACAACCUACGGCGUCGUCGCUGGCGAGAACACCGCCAUGUCGUCCGCGGCGUCGCCCGAGUGCGCAUCCAUGACCCUGUGCGGGCCGAUCAAGAAGCACAUCAUCGAGCACUUCCAUCACAAGAAGUCCGUGCCGCCCAAGCCGGAGCCCAAGCCCCAGCCCCACCCGGACUACGGCCCCGUGCCCAAGCCGGAGCCGAAGCCGCAGCCACACCCGGACUACCACCCCGUCCCUCCCACGCCCACCUACGGCGGCGGCGGCGGCGGUGGAUACCACGGACACCACUGACUCCGAUCUGCCACCGUCUGGCGCAGCACGGAAAUCUCAUCACUUGGUUCAUGAUCAGUUUGCAUGCGUGGGCGCAUUGUUUGGUGUUCUGUCAUUCGCUGCCCCGUUUUAGUAUCUGCAUUGCAGAGUUGAGAGUUCAGAAUAACAGCUGUGUGGGUGUGUGUCAUUAUGUCAGGCGAGUGUGAGGUUGUGCUUGGUGUGUUCCUUUGUCAAGAUUUUGUCAUUUCGGUUCCAUUAAAUAUUCUCAUCUUAUUAAA